AUGGAGAAGCGACGAAGAGGCGGCGUGUCGUCCCUGAUGGUGCUGGCGGCGUUGUUGACGGUGGCCGCAAUGCCGUCGCCGCCCCGCGUGGCGGCCGCGCUGUCGCCGGACUACUACAAGGACAGCUGCCCGGACCUGGAGUCGAUCGUGCGGUACGAGGUGACGAGGAAGAAGAACGAGACGGUGGUCACCAUCCCGGCGACGCUCCGCCUCGUCUUCCACGACUGCAUGGUCGGGGCGGAUGGCCCCUACUGGCGCGUGGAGCUCGGCCGGCUCGACGCCCUCGCCUCCAGGGCGAGCGACGUCAAGGGGAAGCUGCCGGCCCCGGAAAUGCACGUCAAGGAGCUCACCCCGACUGAAGAGCGUACGUAA